AUGCCCCCAACAUCAGUGGUGAUGAGUUCUACUCAGACUGGGUGUACAUUGCCAGUGCCACCCAGUAUUUGAAAGUGGAGCCAAGGUUCAAGUUCCCUCUACUUCACUAUCUUCAGGAUUUCAUCAUCAUUCAAGAUCAUGAACAUGGGACAGCUUUCAUCUCAGGCAACCAGAGCAUUCAUCUCCACAGGCUGGUACUGGGACUUGAGGCAGUUGGCUGUGAGGCAGUCAGAGUCCAAGCCUACGGGAUGA